AUGACCAGCACCUCCCGAGGCGAGGAACCACUUCUCGCUCAACGUCCUUCCUCCCAAAACUCCGGCGAAGACGGCAUAGAAGAGGAGGAUGCACUUCUCACCGGGCAGAGAACGAACAAAGUAGAGCCCACAUCCUCUAAGAGCCGGAAAUGGCGGGAGAUAGGACUGUUCGUCUGGGCUCUGAUUGCAACUGCUGCCGUGGUCAUAUUGGCUGUGGUAUAUCAGCAUCACCUCCAGACUGGAGGAGGGGAUGAUGACGGCCCGGGAGAAGGGCCACCGAGCAAGGGUAACUCGACGGGAUCGGGGAAGAAGAACCUCAUCUUUAUGGUUUCUGAUGGUAUGGGACCUACGUCUUUGACGUUGACGAGGAGUUGGAGGCAGUAUACGGAGCAGCUUCCGUGGGAAGAGACGUUGAUUCUCGAUGAUCACCUCAUUGGUCAGAGCAGGACGAGGUCAAGUUCGAGCUUGGUCACGGACAGUGCAGCAGGUGCCACGGCCUUCAGCUGCGGAGACAAGAGCUACAACGGCGCGAUCAGCGUGCUACCGAACUUCGAACCCUGCGGAAGCGUCAUGGAGGCUGCCAAAAGGAUGGGCUACACCACUGGGCUGGUCGUCACGACUCGUAUCACGGACGCAACGCCUGCGGUCUUUGCCAGUCACGUUAGGCGACGGGAGAUGGAGGAUGAGAUUGCGUUGCAGAUGAUCGGCGAGACACAUCCGCUGGGCAGAAUGGUGGACUUGAUGAUUGGUGGUGGACGGUGCCAUUUCUUGCCGAACACGACGGAGGGGAGCUGCAGACAUGAUGAUGUGGAUGUGGUCAAGGUUGCUGGCAAGAAGCAUGGGUGGCAUUAUAUCGACAACCGGGGUGAUUUUGACGAUUUGGGGACGAGCGCUGAGCUCCCACUGUUGGCACUCCUCGCGGAAACGGACAUUCCCUACGAGAUCGAUCGCCAGCAUCAGAGUAAGAUCUACCCCAGCCUCGAGGAGACCACCAAGACUGCCCUCAAGAUCUUGGAAGCAGCGACCAAGGACAGCGACAAAGGCUUCUUCGUCAUGAUUGAAGGCUCUCGUAUUGAUCAUGCCGGCCACGCCAACGACCCAGCAGCCCAAGUCCGCGAAGUUCUCGCGUACGACCACGCCAUGUCCGCCGUUCUAGACUUCAUCGAGGAGACCGACACCCCAACACUCAUGGUUAGCACCUCCGACCACGAGACCGGUGGCCUCGCCACAGCCCGACAGCUCCAUGCCGCAUACCCAGACUAUCUCUGGUACCCCGGCGUCCUUGCCAACGCUUCACAGUCCGCCAGCCAUACCGCCCAUGAGUACCAUGUCCACCUCGACAAGCGCAGCGCAGCAGACGGCGACCCAAACACAGACCCCAACAGCGAGAACCUGAACAAAUACCUAAAAGUCCUGCUCAAGAACAACCUUGGCAUCCACGAUCCUUCCAUUGAUGAAAUGGAAGCUUUGGUCACAAAGCCUGACACCUCUGCCUACACCUUCGCCGACAUGGUAUCGCGCCGUGCACAAACUGGCUGGUCGACCCAUGGACACAGUGGUGCGGACGUCAACAUCUACUCCUCGGAUCCGGAAGCUGCCGCAGCACUACAAGGUAACCACGAAAACACCGAGGUGGGUGAGUUCCUGAGGAGCUAUCUGGACCUGGAUGAUGAGGUCGAGAAAGUUACGAAUGAGUUGCGGGAGCAUGCAAAGGUGAAUGAGAUGGGCUUCCUGGGGAGAAGACCGGAGGAGGAUGAGAGGUUGGAUGGGCAGGACCACCGUGACCACUAUUCAGGUGAUCACAAGACUAAACGGCAUUUGAGUUCGUGUGGGUGUGCGAAGUAA